CCAAUUUCUAUAACGGAAACGGAAGUCAGAAAAUAUUGAACGCUGGGAAGGCCUUUUUACCGAUAGCCAUCCAAGAUGGGUUAUCGAGGGGCUCGUAAACAUCUGAAGCGCAUUACUGCACCUAAAUCAUGGAUGUUGGACAAACUAGGUGGUGUCUUUGCACCAAGACCUACUCCCGGUCCACACAAAUUGCGUGAAAGUUUACCAAUGUGUAUCUUGUUACGUAAUCGUCUUAAGUACGCCCUAAAUUAUGAGGAAGUCAAGAAAAUAUGUAUGCAAAGGUUGAUUCGAGUAGAUGGUAAAGUAAGAACAGAUAAAACCUUUCCAACUGGAUUUAUGGAUGUAAUCACCAUCAAUAAGACAAGUGAACACUUCCGUAUUUUGUAUGAUGUAAAAGGGAGAUUUGUUGUUCAUCGUAUUAAACCAGAGGAAGCCAAAUAUAAGUUAUGUCGUGUCAAGAAGCAACAAUUGGGACAAAAGGCCAUACCAUAUUUAGUUACUCAUGACGGGAGAACAAUCCGCUAUCCUGACCCAUCAAUAAAAGUAAAUGACUCGGUUAUGGUUGACAUUGAAACCGGAAAAAUUAAGGAUUAUAUUAAGUUUGAAGCUGGCAAUGUUUGUAUGUUAACUGGAGGUCAUAACUUGGGAAGAGUUGGAACAAUUCAAUCUAAAGAACGUCAUCCGGGUUCUUUUGAUAUUGUACACAUUAAAGAUUCUCAAGGACAUACCUUUGCUACAAGAAUGAACUAUGUAUUUGUAGUUGGUAAAGGCAGUAAACCAUGGAUUUCCUUACCUAAGGGUAAAGGUAUCAAAUUAUCAAUUACUGAAGAAAGAGAUAAAAGAAUUCUUGCAGCUGCCGCUGCUGCUACAUCAUAAACUGCAAGAUGUAAAAAAGAAAAUCAGUAAUAAAAGAAAUUAUGCUA